AUGACUGUCGAGGCCGCUGCUCCUAUCCCUAUCCCCGAUCUGACCAAGAUUACCACCGAGGCUUGCGCCGAGGCCCUCAAGAACAGCAAGGGCUAUGAGCACGAUGCUGUCGGCACCUGGAACUCCGAGAUCAUUAACACUGUUCUCAAGGCUUUGAUCUCUGCCACCGCCCCCGAGGCCUCCAAGCCCCCUCCAUACCGCUUCACUGUGAACAGCACUAUUGUCCAGCAGGGUGUGAUCGACGAGACCGCUGCCGCCGAGGGCGCACUCAGCAACGCCGGCAAGCGCGGUAUGCAUUCUGCCUCCGGUGCUUUCUGGGAUGUCAACAAGGAUGGCAUGUGGACCUUCAAGUACGAGGGCGCUGAGGACCGCGGCUUAGAUGUCGUCGUCUGCGUUACCUGGUUCUCGGUGGUAUAA